AUGGGAGGACGCAAAAUAGUUGCUACUUCAACUCACGAGGAGUUCGCUAAAUUUACCCCUCGAAUGGCUGGUAGGUUGGACGAAGCCAAACGAAGCGCUUCUAGCCCAUCAUUUCUAUUUUGGGAGAAGGUGCAAAAGAGAGGGCCCUGGAACUUAAUGGGAGCAGGAGCGACAUGGGAGGAUUCAAACUAG